AUGAGCAGCAUCACACCUGUGGACGGCAAUGAAGCGGACUUCAUGGACUACCACAUUGAAAUCGCCAACUAUGUGUCUGGCCCCCAAAUUCAGCAGUCCAACAUCUUGAUACGCACCCAAGACGGCAUUGUUGCAAAAGGUGUUGAGGACAUCUACAAGGAGCUAAAAGAGAAGGGGGUGAAGAUCGGGGGACCGGAGGAUAUCGGCGGAUAUCGCUAUCCCUUUCGCUUUGCUACGCCCGCACAGGCCAUGAAUGCCAUGACACUCUACUAUGGCUACGAAAGCUUCACGGGCUCGGAUACCACCUGGCCAUCAGAGAGGUAUAAGUCUUCAUUCAAGCUGCGCCUCCGAGUUCCGCGGGAACUACUGAAGGCACAUCCUGAGGUGAUCUGA